GGUGAAUCGGUUCCUUUUUGGUGAAAGAGCUAGAGAGAGCUCCUGCGUUGUGGGCAACAAUGAGCGGGUACGCCUCUCGCACCGAAAUCCAACAACUGGAAGCGCGGCUGCUUCAAGCAGAGAAGGAACUGCAGAUACAAGGCCAAAACAUGCAGCUUCUUCAGGCACAAUUGGAGACAUUGCUGGGGCCACAGCAAGGUCUUUACCAGACAGCUGUGACCACUCCAGUGGCCACUGCCUUGCGUGAACGAUCCCGGACACCGACGCCUUUGAGUGGAGUACUGGCACGUGGAGCGGUCUUUCCUGGCAUGUGGGAGCACACGCCCGUGGCUGCCGUCGUGCCUGCAGCAUCCGAGAUCACAGGCGGCCUGCUAGGCGUGCAGCAAUUCAUUGCACAGAAUCAGCUGGAUGAGAAGUGCAUUGAGGCACUGACGACCCAACCGCCUGAAGUGCAAACUCAUGUUAUCAACCAGGGCCCAGCCGAGGGCCGAAACCCCUCUGCCAUGGUGAUGGGAAGGAUCGCCAAAGCGCAGCGAGAACUUGAAAGUCACGCAUCUCCAGAUCUCCAAGCACAGGUCGAGGCCUUUAUUGCCGAAAAUGCUUUGGAUGCCAAAUGUUCAGAGGCACUGCGGAGUCAAUCCCAGACCUGCCAGGUGGCGGUGAUCAGCGGGGGUCCGGCGGCUGGACGCAAUGCUUCUGCUAUGGUGAUGAGCCGCAUUAACAAGUUCAUUCGAGCAGGAGGCAUUUAGCUCGGACGGCUGGGGAACGGCGGAGGCGAGAAAAAAGGCGUCUCGUUUGUGUGCGAUGAGUCUCGUGUGCGGCUGCAACGGUAGUAUGAAGCGACGAACAAAUCCAUAG